AUGUUUGCAUUAAUCGCAGCCUUGAAGAAACCAAUCAAAACAGACGCAGUGGAUUCUAUAGUCGAGUUGGUUUGUGUCUGCAUGCAAUCCGAGCUUUCAGGACAAUCGAAUGAUCUAAUUUGCAGCGUAUGCAAGAAUUUGCUGCACAUACCCUAUACCCUGCCUUGCCAACACUCAUAUUGCUUGGAGCCGUGUUUACAGGCCCAAAGAAGUGGUGAGGAUGUACAGUGCUUCAACUGUGGCAAAGGCUUUCCCUUUAAAGAAGCAAUUCGCAAUGAACAUCUUGAAGCCUCAGUAGCAAAGCGACUUGUUGAGGAGAAACGAAGCCUCAUUGCUACCUGCGACGCCUGCAUGAAACCCUCCUUAGACCUUCGUGAUUGCAAACACUGUGAGGGCCGAGUUUGCCCUACAUGUCGUCAGAGUCACUACGACCAGGUAGCUGCCGCAGUCAAGAAAUUAGUGAAAGGUAUUAAAAAAACUCGAAAGAAUGUCGUAAAUAUUCAAAGUAACUUAGUUAAGAAGUCUGCCCACUUGUCAGAACUUGAAAAAUCUCUUGAAAGCGCUUCCAAUGAACUUAAAAUUGCAUGUGACAAAACCCUCGAUAGUGCCAAUGCCCAGUUGGAUAGCUUGGCUUCUCUUUAUGCACAAGAAGGAUCUGAACAUAAAAGGACCAUUAAGAGCCUUAUCUACCCUAUUCAAAGUCUUUCCUUAGUUGAAGAUGAACCCGAUAACUCGAUAAGUGAGAAGAAUGAGGAUAGUACAGUUAACAAUAAUAUUGAUUGUACGGAAGAACCAACCUCCAAUCAGAUUUUUGUAGGGGGACUCAUCCCGAAGAUCACCUAUACGCAAUUUAAAAAUCACUUCUCCCAAUAUGGAGCCAUUAAAAAUGCUUUCAUAGCACCUUCAAGAAGAUCCGGUUAUGUAACUUUCUCAAAGAAGGAGUCUGCUCUUCUAGCGACUGCUCAACAAUUUCAAUCAAUUGAAGGUGUGAAGAUUGAGGUCAAACCCUUUUUGAGAAGUUCAAAACGCCCGUCUUCAAAGAAACCUACCACAGAAUCACCUUCUACUACUGUCUUUCCAAAUUUGUCAGAAACUGAUCUAAAGAGGGUAUUUGUUGGAGGAAUACUACCGUCUUCCACAAGAGAUACUGUUCAGUCGGCGUUGCUAAAGUUCGGUCCUAUAAAGAGGCUUGACUUUUUACCACAACGCGGCUUCGCUGUUGUUCAAUUUGAACAACCCGCGACAUUUGAUUUAGCUUUAUCGACACACUGGCAUGAAAUUGAUGGCAAGAGAGUGGAAUUACUUCGGUAUGUUCCGAGGAAAUUGACCGAUGGACAACCACCAGUAUUGUCAACUCUUUCAAAUUCUUCGCCGCUCUCUCCUAAUUGCAAUGAUCUACCAGUGAUAGGUUCAAAAUCUUCCAUAGACUCUUCUUCUGGUUUAAGAACAAUUUUUAUUGGAGGAAUAACUCCGAAGAUUAAUGAGGAAUCAAUCAGUUCCGCACUCUCUUAUUUCGGUUCAAUAGAAAAGGUACUUAUUAAUUCCCUAAAAGGUUAUGCUUUGGUAACCUUUAAAAGCGUGGAUGCUGCAAGUAAGGCCAUCGCAAGCCAUUGGAUUAUAAUUAAUGACAAAAAGGUGGAGAUGGUGGCCUUUGAGAGGUAUCCAAAACGAAAAUUUGCAACCAUACCUCCCGUAUCUUCCUUUAGUAGUAUUCCUGAAAUCCAGUAA